AUGAGAAAUUUAAGAAGUGAUCAUUUAAUUAAUUUAUUUGAAGUUUAUGAAACUACUAAUUCUAUCUAUUUUGUUGUAGAUAUUUUAAAUGGAGGAGAACUUCUACAUAGAGUUAGAGAUAAAGGAAAUUUUAGUGAAAAUGAUCUUAAACCUUUAAUGAGAAAUCUUUUAUUGGCCUUAUAAUAUUUACAUUCAAAAAAUAUAAUGCAUCGUGAUCUAAAACCUGAAAAUCUUCUUUUAAAAUCUAAAGAAAAUGAUCAUGAUAUAGUUGUUGCAGAUUUCGGUCUAGCUACAUUUACAAACAUAAAGGAAAUUUUAUUUAAAAGAUGUGGAACCCCAGGCUUUGUGGCUCCCGAAGUCUUGGCUUAUUAAGAAGGAGAGGAAUUAUAUGAUUUGAAGUGUGAUAUAUUUUCCGCAGGAGUUAUUUUUUAUUUACUUUUGAUAGGAAAAUAACCUUUUUAGGGUAAAGACUAUAAAUAAAUAUUAAGAGCUAAUAAAGCUUGUGAAAUUAAAUAUGAUAGUUCUGAAUUUAAUAAUGUAUCGGUUUAAGCAAAGGAUUUGCUGAUGAAAAUGUUAGAACCGAAUCCUUCCAAAAGACCCUCGGCUACUGAAUGCUUGAAUCAUGUUUUCAUUUAAGAUGGGUAGGUCAAAAAAGAUACACUUCCAGCCAUUAAUAACCUCAGAAAUUACGAAGUAGACUAUUUAGCAAAUGUAAGAAAUAAGGGAGUAGACUCUCAAGAAUAAUUAGGUUCUUUAGCAUUACAUACAGGAGGUAUACCAGCUAUGAAUGGUAAUAUAUAAUAAAUAAAUUAUAAUUAAAUGGAAAACACAAACAACUAAUCUCUUCUAGACUUAGCAAAUAAGUUAAGAAUCCAUUCAAUUUAAAUGACAAACGCUAGUAAUAGCGGUCAUCCAACAAGUUGUUGUUCUAUGGCUGAACUUAUUUCUGUAUUAUUCUUUGAUUAAUCAGGUAUGAGAGUUAAUAUAAAACAUCCAAAAAGCUUUGUAAAUGAUCGUUUUGUUCUAUCUAAAGGACAUGCUGCACCUAUAUUAUACGCAGCUUGGGCUGAAGCUGGUUUAAUAAAGAAAGAAGAAUUAUUAAAUAUUAGAAAAUUCGGAAAUGAUCUAGAAGGUCAUCCUACUCCUGUUUUACCUUUUGUAGAUGUAGCAACUGGUUCUUUAGGUUAAGGUUUGGGAUGUGCAGCUGGUAUGGCUUAUAGUUCUAAACAUUUAGAUAAGAUAGAUAAUAGAAUUUGGGUUUUAUUAGGAGAUGGUGAGUGUGCUGAAGGGUCAGUUUGGGAAGCUGCUCAUUUCAGUUAAUUGUAUGGACUUGAUAAUCUUACUGCUAUUGCAGAUAUUAAUAGACUAGGAUAGUCUGAGGCUACUUCCAUAAAACAUGAUGUUGAAGUGUAUAGGAAAAGAUUUGAAGCUUUUGGAUGGCAUGCAAUUGUUAUAGAUGGACAUUGUGUAGAAAGUAUUAGAAAAGCCUUUUUGGAAGCUAAAAAUUAUAAAGGAAAACCUAGUGUAGUCAUAGCUAAGACUUUCAAAGGGAAAGGAAUCAUUAAUAUAGAAGAUAAACUAGAUUGGCAUGGUAAACCUUUAGGUAAUCAAGCUAAAGAAGCCAUUGAGAUCAUUUAAAAAUAAAUAUAAGAUUAAAAUAUACAACUUAAAUGUAUACCGAGUUAACACUAGGAAAUUGUAUUAAAAUAAGAGCCUUUAAAAUUAGGAAAUCUUACAUAUAAAAAAGGAUAAUAAAUUGCAACUAGAAAUGCCUAUGGAGAAGCACUCAAAAGAUUAGGAUAAAAUGAUAGUCUAGGUAGAAUAGUAUCUUUAGAUGGAGAUACUAAAAAUUCGACUUUUGCUAUUACAUUCAAAAAUGCUUUCCCAGAAAGAUUUGUAGAGUGUUUUAUUGCUGAAUAAAAUAUGGUUUCUGUAGCUACUGGUUUGGGAUGUAGAAAUAAAGUGCCUUUUGUGUCUGCUUUUGCAGCUUUUCUUUCAAGGGCUUAUGAUUAAAUACGUAUGGCAGGCGUAUCUAAAGCCAAUUUGAAAUUAUGUGGAUCACAUUCAGGAGUUUCUAUAGGAGAAGAUGGAGCAUCUUAAAUGGCUUUGGAAGAUAUAUCAGCUUUUAGGGCUAUUGCUGGUAGUUGUGUAUUAUAUCCUUCAGAUGCUGUGUCUACAGAAAAAGCGGUUGAGUUAGCAGCCAAUCAUUAUGGAGUUGUUUAUAUCAGAACUUCAAGACCUCUUACAGAAAUUAUAUAUGAUAAUGAUGAAAUUUUCGAAUUUGGAAAAUCUAAAAUAGUCGCAAAAAGUGAAAAAGAUAAAAUUUUAGUAAUUGGGGCUUGUGUAACUUUAUAUGAAGCUUUAAAAGCAAAAACUGAAUUAGAAAAAAAAGGAAUUCAUAUAAGAAUAAUGGAUAUUUUCUCAAUAAAACCGAUUGAUUAAGAAGGAAUUAUUAAAAAUGCAAAAGAAGCUGGAAAUUAAAUUCUAACAGUUGAAGAUCAUUAUGCAGAAGGAGGAAUAAGAGAUGCUGUUGCUUCUGCUGUAUGUUUAGAAAAUAUUAAAGUUCAUUCAAUUGCAGUCAAUGAAGUACCUAGAAGUGGAACACCUACUUAAUUAUUAGAUUAUUAUAAGUUAACUGCAUAACAUAUUAUGUAGAAAGUAAUAAAUAUUGUUGGAUGA